AUGACUAUCUGGCUAAUCUCUUUGAUGAGUAUUGAAGGACUACUUUUGACAGUUCCUGGUCUGAGUUUACAUAUUAAGCCUGAAGAAGGUAGCCUUGCAGGAGGAACGUGGAUCACAGUCAUUUUUGAUGGUUUGGACUUGGAUCUUCUGUACCCCAAUAAUGGCUCUCAGCUGGAGAUAAACCUGGUGAAUGUGGCGGUGUCUACCCUGCCAACCAUUCCCUGUGAUGUCUCUCCUCCCUUCUUGGAUUUGCCUGUGGUGAUGUGUCAGACCAGACCUCUGUUACCUGAUGCUCGUGAGGGAUUGUACUACCUGGAUGUGCACUCUGGGGGGCACGCAGUAAGAAGCCUGCAAACGGGACCAUUCAGCAGCUGCACUUUCAAGUUUUCCAAGGCACAGACACCCAUUAUUUACCGAGUUAAUCCAUCAAGUGGAGUUCCAGGAAAACUAAUACAUGUAUAUGGCUGGAUUACCACUGGAAGGUUACAAACCUUUGAUUUUGAUGCUGAGUACAUUGAUGGUCCAUUGAUAUUGGAAGCAACCGGAAACAUGUGGUUCACUCCUUGCUCUCUUGUAAACAGGACUGCAGGAAGUUGCUACUCUGUUCAGGAAGACCAUGGCCUGGGGACUCUUCAGUGCCGUGUAGAAGGCAGCUACAUCGGCUCCCAGAAUGUUAGCUUCUCAGUAUUUAAUAAAGGAAAGUCAACGGUACACAAGGAUGCAUGGAUGAUCAGUGCCAAACAGGACCUUUUCCUGUACCAGACACACUCAGAAAUAUUAUCUGUAUUUCCAGAAACUGGGAGCCUUGGGGGAGGAACAGACUUAACAAUUACAGGAGACUUCUUUGACAACCCAGCCCAGGUGACCAUUGCAGGCAUUCCAUGUGAUAUCAGAUAUGUAUCUCCCAAGAAAAUUGAAUGCAACACAAGGUCUCCAGGAGAAGGUGCAACGCUCACUGCUCCUCAGGCAGGCAACCGUGGUCUCCUUUUUGAAGUUGGAGAUGCAACUGAGGGGCUGGACUUGAAUGAAGCCACUCCAGGGUAUAGAUGGCAGAUUGUUCCUAAUGCUAGUUCUCCAUCUGGAUUUUGGUCAAAGGAAGGGCAACCUUUCAGAGCACGGCUCAGAGGGUUCUUUGUGGCUCCAGAGACCAAUAAUUACACUUUCUGGAUCCAGGCAGACAGUCAAGCUGUCCUGCAUUUCAGCUGGUCAGAUGACCCAAAGACCAAGGUGGAAGAAGCUUCCAUCAGGGUUGGCACUGCUGAUUGGUUUGACUCCUGGGAGCAAAAUGAGAAUGAAGACACCUGGCACCGGAAGACCCCCAAGUUGGAGCUAUUAGGUGGAGUCAAAUACUACUUGGAAGCAGAGCAUCAUGGGAUAGCCCCUAGCAAGGGGAUGAGGAUCGGUGUUCAGAUCCAUAACACCUGGCUGAAUCCUGAUGUAGUCAGCACUUACCUCCGGGAGAAGCACCAGAUCCGAGUCCAUGCCCAGAGGCUACCGGAAAUACAGAUGCUGAAUGUGUCUGGCAGAGGGAACUUUUUCCUUACCUGGCAUAACAUCUCUAGCCAGCCAAUACCUGCAAAUGCCACAGCCCAUCAGAUUCAAACCGCCAUUGAGGAUUUACUUGCAGUAAAAUGCAAACAGGAGCCACGCUCAGCUAACAUCCUUCUCCGGCUUGGGUUUGAACAAGGUCCACAAGGUUCCAGCUCAGAUGGAGACCUCACCAGUGCGACAGAGCCCUUCUGUGGCAGGUUCAGCCUCCAUCAGCCUCGACACCUUGUCCUGACAUCCCAGGCUGGGCAAAAGGGCUAUAGGCUGGGCCAGGACACACAUCUGUGCUUGGCAUACAAAGUCUGCGUGAAUGACAUCUUGAAGAUAAUCUUGACCAUCACAGUUGACUCUCAGAGCAUCAUGAAGAACAUUUCCUGUGACUGGAGCCCUGUGGAGACCAGGCCUGAGAGCUGGGUGUUCACCUGCAUCAACCUCUGGGAGACUUGUGUGCGUCCUUCUGGAGAUCUGCAGGCCCCUCCAGAUAAUGCCUCAGUGCUGGUUCAUCAGAUAAAUUUCCUUCCUCUGAUGAAGGAGGUGGGCUCAUUCUACGUGGAUGAAAUCAUUAUCGCAGACACAAACCUAACAGUUUCUCAAGUCGACUCCGGAACAGCUCGCCCAGGUGGAAUCAACCUGGUGGAAUCGCUCUCAGUGGCAGGCUCCCCUCCGCUCUACAAUGUCACCCUGUGGCCUGUGCGCUGUGGCUCCAAGCUCCCGCUCAUCACUGCAAGUUCUUUGCAGGUGGAAGGAACAGAAGGCUCUGAAUUGGUCCUGGUGACAGUACAAAGACUGCAGAGGACAAGUCCACCUUUAGGAGGACAUUUUCAGAUUCAACUUUCCAAUACAGUGAUACCUGGUGUCCCUGUGCACAUUUCUGCUCAUCAUCUUCACAAGCUCUUACAGAACAGCGCCAGUGAUGUCACAUCCAGGUACUUCAAUGUCAGCGACUUGACAGUGAAAGAAGAUCUCAGCUCUUGUUAUGAGCAUGUAUGGACACUCUCCUGGGCCACCCAGAUUGGGGAUUUGCCCAUUUCUAUUGGGGUCACGGAUGAAAAUCUAACUGGAACGAACCCCGCUGUGACAACUCGGGUGCUAUAUGAUGGUGGAGUUUUUCUCGGACCCAUAUUUGGAGAUAUGCUGGCUACUGCCCACCGGCACACGCAGGUGGUUGUGCAAGUGAAUGAUAUACCAGCCCAUUGCCCAGGCUCCUGUUCAUUUCAGUACCUCUACAGCUCAACUCCCCAGGUCCAUUCUGCACAGUAUGAUAUUGACAAUGACAUCAAUCUACUGAUUUAUUUUAUUGGAACUGGUUUCUCUGAUGACUCCCAGGCCUUUCAGAUUAUAGUGAAGAAAACAAGUUGUGAAGUUAUUUUCUCCAACUUAACAUUUGUGGUUUGUCGUAUGGAUGUGCUACCCGUCGGUGUACAUGAGAUCUCCAUGUUGGUGAGACCCUCUGGUCUUGCUAUUAAUGCCAGUGGAAGAGGCAUACUCUUAUAUGUGAAGCCCAGGCUGGAUGCUGUGGAACCUCCCAGAGCUGCAGAGAUCGGAGGUCUCUGGGCCACCAUCCGAGGCUUUGGCUUGGAAGAUGUUAACCUGGUGUUAUUUGGGUCUCAGUCUUGUGCCAUGAAUGUCAACACAAGCAAUUCACAAAGAAUUCAAUGUAAAGUUCCACCCAGAGGGGAAGAUGAAUCAGUGGUGAAUGUGACUGUGACAGGAGGGGGCCACUCUGUAGUUCUCCCGGCUGCAUUUGCAUACAUCUCUUCGUUAAAUCCAGUGAUUGUGUCUCUGAGCAGGAACAGAAGCAGCCUAGCAGGAGGUGAGACCCUUUUCAUUGGAAUGGCACUUCUGGAGAACUAUACAGAUGUGGAGGUAGAAGUCUACGUCCAGGACACCCGGGCUCAACUUCAUGCACAGACAGCUCAGGGCUUGGAGGUUGUGCUGCCCGCCCUGCCAGCUGGAGUCCAGAGGAUUUCUGUUUCCAUCAAUGGGGUCAACAUUCACUCCCAAGGGGUUGAUCUUGGUAUCUGGUACCUCACAGAUGUUUUUGAUGUUGAACCUUGCUGUGGAUCCCUCCUGGGUGGAACUAUCCUCAGCAUUUCAGGAAUAGGGUUCAGCCAGGACCCAACCUCCGUUUGGGUUCUUGUGGGCAACCAGUCCUGUGGCAUCGUGAACUUGACUGAGACAAACAUCUGGUGCGAGAGCCCGCCUUUGCUGGGUGGUGUGAACACACUCACUGUCCCAGUCCCCGUGCAGGUCUGGAUUGGAAAUGUGUCCUUCUGCCAAAGACCAUCACCAGCUUCUGUAGAGAAGGGCUUCACUUUCGUGUAUGAAGCAGCUGCAACACCCGUGGUAACCGGGCUGAGAGCAGAAAUCCUCAAUAGCAGCUUGUGGCUCUUUGUGGAAGGAAAGAACAUCUCUGAGUCAGUGAUUCUUCUGGGGACCAUGAACUGUGACCUUGAGACACACUCUUUCAGUGGCAACCUGAGCCUGUUUGGCUGUUCCUUUCCUCUUCACAGUCUGGAAGCUGGCGUCUAUAUGCUCCAAGUCCAUCAGAAACGAAUGGGAUUUGCUAAUAUGUCUUCAGUGUCACAGCGAUUGGUGGUGGCACCUCAGAUAACAUCCAUCUUUCCAACACAUGGUUCUACUUGUGGUGGGAUGGUGGUCACAGUAAGGGGGUUGUCUCUCAGCUCGAGAAGGUCGUCUGUUCAGGUUGACCUCUCAGGCCCCUUUACCUGUGUCACUUUGAGUAUGAGUGAUCAGACAGUCCUCUGUCAGGUUAAUCCAGUAGGUGACCCCUUGCAUGGAAUUUCCUUCAUGCUGAACAUGUCAGUUCUGGUGAGUGGGGUAGCCAGCGAAUGUCGGGGAAACUGCACCCUCUUCUUGCAGGAAGAGUCAACUCCCACUGUGGAUGCCUUGACCACUAAUAGCAGCAGGGCCUUGACUACUGUGCUGAUUAGCGGACAGAGGCUGGGCACCGCAGCUGAUGAGCUGAUGGUGUUUGUAGAUGGCCAUAUUCCUUGUGAGGUGACUUCCUUCAGUGUAAGGCACGUGGCAUGCCAGGUUAGGGACCUAACCCCAGGUCUGCACUACCUGUCAGCAUUUCAUAAGACAAAUGGAUAUGCCUGUUUGAAAAAUGUUUCUAAACACUUCUUCAUUUUCCCUCAAGUGCUUCACUAUUUCCCUAAGACUUUCAGCUUACAUGGUGGGAGCCUCUUGACCAUUGAGGGCACGGCCCUGAGAGGACAGAACACCACAGCAGUCUACAUUGGCCAGCAGGCUUGCCUUUCCAUAAACAUCAGCACUGAACUCAUUCAGUGUGUUGUUCCUGCAGGCAAUGGCUCUGUUGUCCUGGAAAUAGAGCUCGAUGGACAUUUGUAUCCCAUAGGAGACAUUGAUUACAGCGAGGCCUUCACCCCAGAAUUGCUCUCUGUUUCUCAGACUGAUGAUGUUUUAACCUUUGUGGUGGCCAAGAUCACAGGAGCUCAGCAUACUGACAUUUUUAUUGGCAUGUCCCCGUGUGUGGGUGUGUCUGGGAACCACACUGUUCUCCAGUGCAGCGUUCCUUCCCUCCCUGCUGGGGAGUACCAGGUCAGAGGCUUCGACAACGUGAGAGGCUGGGCCACUUCCACGCUGGUGUUCACAUUGAGAGCUACCGUGACUGCAGUGACUGGGAACUUUGGCUUCUUGGGUGGAAAGCUUGUGCAUGUGUCUGGCGCAGGAUUUUCCCCAGGGAACAUCUCAGCUGCUGUGUGUGGUGCUCCUUGCCAAGUCUUGGAUAAUGCUACGGUAUCUGCAUUCAGCUGUUUCGUUCUGCCACUGGAUGUGUCCCUGGCUUUCCUGUGUGGCCUGAAGCCUGAGGAAGAGGACUGUGAAGUUUCCAGCCCCACCUACGUACAGUGUGAUUUCACUAUUGCUGUGAAGACAGAGAGGCUGGCGAAGUCAUGGCCUUACCUCUACAUUUGUGAAGACGGUACUCAACGCUCGUUUGAGCCAGAUCAUUGGACUGAGUCAUCCCUUCCACCAUUCUCUGGGCUCUUUAUCAGCCCUAAAGUGGAAAGAGAUGAAGUUCUCAUCUAUAAUAGCUCCUGUAACAUUACCAUGGAAACUGAGGCAGAGAUGGAGUGUGAGACGCCUAAUCAGCCAAUUACCGCCAAGAUUACUGAGAUAUGGAAAAGCCGGGGCCAGAACACUCAGGGCAACUUUUCCUUUCAGUUCUGCUGGAGAUGGUCGAGGGCACACAGCUGGUUUCCUGACGGAGUGCCACAAGAUGGCGACAAUGUCACGGUGGAGAGUGGCCAGCUGCUACUGCUUGACACCAACACCAGCAUCCUCAACUUCCUGCACAUUAAAGGAGGCAAGCUGCUUUUCAGGGGCCCAGGGCCAAUUGAGCUCAAGGCCCACUCCAUCCUUGUGUCUGAUGGUGGAGAACUCCGUAUUGGAUCAGAGGAUAAACCCUUCCAAGGCAAAGCUCAAAUUACACUCCAUGGGAGUGUCCACUCUACUCGCUUCUUUCCAUAUGGGGUCAAAUUCCUGGCUGUGAGGAAUGGAACGCUUUCCCUGCAUGGUACACUACCAGAAGUAACUGUCACCCAUCUUCGAGCAGCUGCAAAUGCCAAUGACACAAUGCUGGCUCUGGAAGAUACUGUGGACUGGCAUACUGGAGAUGAAGCUGUAAUUAUUAGGGGAAUAGGUGUUGGAGGUGCUAAACCAGUUGAAGAGAUUGUCAUUGUGGAAAUGGUGCACAAUGCGGACCUCCAUCUUCGUUCACCUUUGAGAUAUUCUUAUGAUUUCACAGAAAAUUGGGUGGCUGGAAAGCACUUCGUUUUCAAGGCCACGGUGGCUUUGCUCAGCAGAGGUAUUACUAUUCAAGGAAAUCUUACUAAAGAGAAGAUGAGACACCUUGCUUCAUGCCAGGAGACCAGCGCUUUAGAAGGUAAUUCACAAGACUGUCUGUAUUUCAAGAGUGAGAAGAUGUUAGGAUCCAUAGACUUUGGGGCCAGAGUCAUCAUCCAGUCCUUCCCUGAGGAGCCCAGCCGGGUCUACCUGAAAGGAGUGCAAUUUCGAGAUUUGGGGCAAGCCUUCCAGAGGCAUCUGAGCUCGCUGACUCUUGUGGGAGAUUUGAGAAAUUCCUACAUGCAAGGUUGCUCCGUGUGGAACUCCUUCAGUAGAGGACUCAGCAUGCCCAGGACCUUUGGCCUGAAAGUGGACAGUAACAUAUUCUACAGUAUUUUAGGCCAUGCACUGCUGGGGAACAGGGUGUGUUCUGCUGGUUUCGGUUACUUUUUUCAUCUUGUGACCAACGAAACAUCACAAGCUCCACUUCUUUCUUUUGCCCAGAACACUGCACAUUCCUGUACAAGGUAUGGUCUCUUUGUAUACCCUGAAUUCCAGCCAUCAUGGACUCAUGACGCUCCCCCAACCCUGCUCCAAAAUUUCACAGUUUGGGGGAGUGCAGGUGGAGCCCAGAUUUUGAAAAAUAGCAAUCUUCACCUAAAAAACUUCCAAGUUUAUGCAUGCAGAGAUUUUGGAAUUGACAUUGUGGAAAGUGAUGCAAAUACUUCAGUGACUGACAGCUUUUUACUUGGUCAUUUUACCCACAAGGGAAACCUGUGUAUGUCAGCUGGUAUUAAAACUCCAAAAAGAUUUGAGCUGAUGGUAUCGAAUACAACCUUUGUUAAUUUUGAUCUUACCACCUGUGUGGCCAUCCGGACCUGUUCAGGCUGUUCUCGAGGACAGGGUGGAUUUACUGUGAAAGCUAAACAGUUGAAGUUUCCCAACUCUCCAAACUUGGUAGCAUUUCCAUUUCCUCAUGCAGCAAUCGUGGAAGACUUGGACGGUUCUCUGUCUGGGAGAAAUAGAAGUAAAAUUCUUGCCACUAUGGAAACUCUUCCAGUUUCUUGUCUGGCCAAUGCAAGCUUCAGCCAGAUGGUCCAUGGCAGUGUCUGUGGGGAAGAUGUUCUUUUUCAUCGGAUGUCUAUUGGCUUAGCUAACACUCUGGGUGAUCCCUAUGACUUAACUGUGACUGACAGCCGAAAUAAGACAACCACUGUCAAUUAUGUACAUGACACAUUGUCAAACCCACACGGCUGGAUGGCUCUUCUCUUGGAUCAAGAGACCUACACGCUGCGAUUCGCAAGCUCUCGGAUCAGCCAAUCUCUGCAGUUCUCGGCAACAUUUGAUAACUUUGCUCCUGGAAAUUACCUCCUGCUGGUGCACGCAGACAUGCCACCCUACCCUGACAUCCUCAUAAGAUGUGGACAACAUGUGGGCCAACCCCUUGGUUCUUUUCCAUCACCUGGUCUGAACAAAAGCUGUGACUGGUUCUUCAAUAGUCACUUGAGACAACUCACCUACCUAGUUUCAGGUGAAGGCCAAGUUCAAGUGACUCUGCAGGUGAAGGAAGGUGUGCCCCCAACCAUUUCAGAUGAGCCUCCAACACUUUCAGUGUCUACCCCUGCACCAGAAUCAACUUUAAAAUGGUCCCAUCCUGAAACCUGGCAAGAUGUUGAAAAGGGCUGGGGGGGACAUGGCAAUACCAUUCCAGCCUCUGGAGAUGAUGUCUUGAUUUUACCCAACAGAACUGUCCUUGUGGAUACAGAUCUUCCAGUCCUCAAAGGCCUCUAUGUGAUGGGGACGUUAGAAUUCCCUGUGGACAGAAGCAACGUUCUGAGUGUGGCGUGCAUGGCCGUUGUAGGAGGAGAGCUGAAAGUGGGUACUUUUGACAGUCCAUUGAAGAAAGAACAAAAGCUUCUGAUCCUCCUUCGGGCUUCUGAAGGAGUCUUUUGUGAUCGUUUUGAUGGAAUUCGUAUAGACCCAGGAACAAUUGGGGUUCAUGGAAAAGUUCAGCUUUACAGUGCUUAUCCCAAGAAGGCUUGGACACAUCUUUGUGAAAAAAUCACUGUUGAGGAUACAGUGGACUGGCAACCCCAUGACAAAAUCAUCCUUAGUUCCUCUUCAUAUGAACCUCAUGAAGCAGAAGUACUCACUAUAACAGAAGUCACAGGCCACCAAGUUAGAAUCCAGGAGCGUCUCCAAUACCGCCAUAUCGGAAGUGUCCAUGUCACAGAAGAUGGCCAAUAUGUGAGUUUGGCUGCUGAGAUUGGAUUGUUGACUCGAAAUAUCCAAAUUCGGUCUGAUACGUCAUGCAGGGGGAGAGUACAUGUUGGGCCCUUAAGAAAACCCAACAGUGAAGAAUUUUCAGGAGUCCUUCAGCUUUUAAAUGUGGAAAUUCAAAACUUUGGCUCACCACAAUAUUCAUCCAUUGAACUCACUAACACAUCAGAGGGCUCCAGGAUCAUAUCAUCUACAGUGCACGCAAGUUGUGGUGGAGGAAUUCGCGCAGCUGACAGCAAUGGCCUCAUUUUGAAGGAUAAUAUUAUAUUUGGUACACCUGGUCAUGGCCUUGAUUUGGAGGGUCAGGCUUUUUCUCUUAUUAGUAACCUUGUGAUUCUGACAACACAGCCAGCGUGGUCCACUGAGUGGGUGUCAGGAAUCAAAGUGAACAAGGCAGAGGACAUCAACAUCCACAGUAACGUUGUGGCAGGUUCUGAGAGGCUUGGCUUUCACAUCCGUGGGUAUGCCUGUUCCCUCCCUGAAGCUCUGUGGUCUGACAAUGUGGCUCAUUCAAGCCUUCAUGGGCUCCAUCUCUACCAGGAAACGGGAACGGACAAAUGUACAAGAGUUUCUGGCUUCCUGGCUUUCAAGAACUUUGAUUAUGGUGCUAUGCUACAUGUUGAAAAUAGUGUGGACCUAGAGAACCUCACUCUGGUAGACAAUACUGUGGGUCUUCUGCCAGUAGUGCAUGUGUCUGCUUCACAGAGCUCCAUUGAAAGUGUACAGAUUGUGCUUAGGAAUUCGGUCAUUGUGGCCACGAGCUCCUCUUUUGACUGCAUCCAGGACAAAAUAAGGCCGCGCUCAGCCAAUUUGACAUCUACAGAUCGCGCUCCUUCCAAUCCAAGAAGGGGUCGAGUUGGCAUUCUGUGGCCUGCAUUCACCUCAGAACCAAACCAAUGGCCUCAAGAACCAUGGCACAGAGUGAAGAACAGUCAUUCCGUUUCAGGAAUCAUGAAACUUCAAGGUGUCACCUUUUCUAAUUUUGUGAGGAGUUGCUAUAGUGAUGAUGUAGACAUCUGUAUUCUGGCACAUCCAGGCAACACUGGAGUCAUGCACCCAAUAACAGCAGAGAGAACCAGGAUGCUAAAGAUCAAAGAUAGAAACAAGUUCUACUUUCCUCCACUACAACCCAGGACAGAUUUAGCAAGAGUGGUCUGCCCUGAAUCAGACUGUGAAAGUCCGAGAAAAUAUCUCUUCAAGGAUCUGGAUGGAAUAGCCCUGGAUCUGCCUCCACCAGUUUCUGUAUUUCCCAAAACAGAGGGAGAGUGGACUGGAUCAUUCUUCAACACAGGUACCUUUAGAGAAGAACAGAAAUGCACCUACCGAUCGCUUAUGCAAGGCUUUAUCUGCAAACAGACUGACCAUGUGGUGCUCAUUCUGGACAGUACGGAUACCGGCUGGGUGAUGAAUAAGUUAUAUCCACUUGUAUCUGUGACUGGUGGCUUUGUGGAUACCUUCAGUAGUGGGAAUGCUCAUAGUAUCUGUUCCACAUCAGGAUGGGUAUCUACUUUCUAUUCUGUUUUACCCACAAGGCAAAUCACCAAAGUCUGUUUUGUGGGACAGACACCUCAAGUCUUGAGAUUUUUUCUUUUGGGAGAGGAAAGUACCUCCAAGCUUCUGCUAGCUAUAUUCUACCAUGAGCUCCAGAGACCUCAUGUUUUCAUAAGAGAUAGUUUCAUUCCACCUACUCUGCUUCAAUCAGCUUCUUCACUCUUAGAUAAGUCUAGUGGUACCAACCUCUUCAACAUCAUGGAUAACCUCUUGUAUAUUGUUAUUCAAGGAAAGGAACUUAUUGAAAUACGUUCAGGUGUUUCCAUGCAUUUGGCUUUCACUGUAAUAGUUCCAGUCUUCAAAAAAGGCUGGGACACAGUGAUUCUUCAAAGACUAACUGGCUUCUUAAAAGUUGGCCAAGAGCAAAUCAGAAUUAUUCAUGAGAUGUCUGGUAAUGAAGGAACCAUUGGGGCCAUUGCUGACAACAAGGCAAAAAGACGACGCAAUUGCCCAAAUGUGGCUUGUUCUCCUCGUUACAGAAGAGUUGGUCAACGUAGACCUCUCAUGAUAGAGAUGAGCUCUGAAAGUGCACUACCACCAACUACUGUAGAGACCAUUUCAAAAGUGCUGGUCAUUGAAAUUGGUGAUUUGCCCACAGUAAAGAACACUGAAUUAUUUCCAGCCCUAUCAAGUGUCAAAUUACAGGAUUUGGCUCAUCAGAUUAUUAUUGCUCAACAAACUGGAGUGCUAGAGGAUGUCCUGAAUAUUACUCUUGGGACCUUGAUGGUAACUAAGCCAAAGGGAAUACUUGGCUAUGGAAAUACAAGCAGUGCUAAUAUUGAGAGCGUGAUAUAUAUCCGGCCUUAUUCUCUCUCAGUCCUAGUCCAGCCUUCAGAUGGAGAGGUGGGAAAAGAACUUCCCAUCCAACCACAGCUUGUUUUUCUGGAUAAGCAGAACAGGAGGGUGGAGUCUUUGGGGACCGCCUCUAUGCCUUGGGCUGUUUCUGUUUUCCUGGAAGGAGCCUCAGAUGCAGUACUAAAAGGAUAUACACAGGCAGAAACUCAAGAUGGUCAUGUGACCUUCUCCAAUUUGGCUGUAUUGAUCUCUGGGUCAAACUUGCACUUUAUUUUUACUGUCACUUCUCCUCCAGGUGUCAACUUUACGGUUCGGUCCAGAUCGUUUGCUGUCCUGCCUGUCCUUAUGUCUGAGAGGUCGGCCGUUAUCCUGGGGGCUUCCUUAUGCUCCGUGGUCUCAUGGCUGGCUCUGGGCUGUUUGAUUUGCUGUUGGUUUAAGAAAGGCAAGAGCAAAAAAACAAAAACUGAAGGGAUUUCUGAAGCUCAGACUAACAAUCAGAGGAAUCAUAUUCAUGCAUCACCUAAACAGCAAGGAAAACAAGUAGAAGCUGGAACAGAAGGUCGAGUGAUGGGAGAAGAUAUGAAGAUGAAGGUGAUGCUGGGCAAGGUGAACCAGCUUCCCCACCAGUCACUGAAUGGAGUGUCCAGAAGGAAGGUUAGCUGCCAUGUUGCCCAGGAAGAGGGUGGCAGCCAAGAAGAGGCCACUGUGUGUGCUCCCAGUACUGCCAACAUCACAGCCCACGGGCACUCCUGCUGUCCAGACUCUCCUGCUCAGCAAGGGUACCUGCAAAACACUGGGAAGUGGAAGGAGACCCAAGAGCAGUUGCUCAGGUAUCAGUUGGCGGGACAAGAUCAACGGCUGAUGCUCUGCCCGGACCUAAGACAAGAGAGACAACAGUCACAGGGUCAGAGUUGGCUGAGCAAAGACAAUGGCAGCUUGGGACUUUCUCGGAAGAAGAAAUCCUCCUGUGGUGCUACAGAGGCCUUCUGCCUUCAUUCAGUUCAUCCAGAAACUAUUCAGGAGUGCCUGUGA